AUGACCCGUGAUGACGUGGAGGAGCUGCUGGAGACAUAUUCGGAUCCCUUAACUGAUGAGGAUCUGGUGGAGAUGAUGUCUGCAAGUGAGGAGUCGAAAAAGAGAAACUUUAAUGAGAAGUGUGCUUGGAGCCCACUUCUGACUCCUCUCUGGGCAACAGCAGCUCUCGACUGCCUCCAGACAUGGAGUAUUGACGAGAGGACUGUCAGCCCCUUCCUGCAACUGUCAGAUGACCGAAAGACUCUGACCUUCAGUGCCAAGAAGUCCAAGGCCUGUGCAGACGACCCAGAGCGCUUUGACCACUGGCCCAAUGCUCUGGCUGCCACCUCCUUCCAGGCUGGGCUGCACGCCUUGAUGGUGAAUGUGCAGAACAGUUGUGCCUACAAGGUGGGCGUGGCCUUGGGCCAGCUGCCCCGCAAGGGUUCUGGCAGUGACUCUCGUCUGGGCCACAGCGCCUACUCCUGGGUCUUCUCCCGCUACGACCCAGAGUGCUGUUUCUCACACGAUGGGCAGCACGAGCCCCUGGGUCUGCUGCGCUGCCCGGCCCAGCUGGGCAUACUGUUGGACUUGCAGGCCCAGGAGCUGCUAUUCUAUGAUCCGGCCUCGGGCGUGGUGCUCCACACCCACCAUGCAUCCUGA